CAUCGUAAUAAUGAAACCCAGUCUAACCUAAAUUGCCUGUUUGAAGAGGUGGAGUCGAACAAAACUGCAAACUUUUAAAUCUAAAUCCAUUACAAUAAAUCUCACAUAAAAAAGAAUCACCAUCAAGCCAGCCUAGCCGAAAUUACCUGUUUGAAGAUGUGGAGUUGAACAAAACUGCAAACUUUGGAAUCUAGAAAUAAAUCUCACAUAUAAAAGAAUUUACAAACUUCGUCAAUUAAUCAUUAAAAUCUUUCAUCAAUUCAUUAAAAGCUUAUUUGAGUGCAGAGGUAGCUUAUUUGAGUGCAGAGGUAGUGUGGGAAUAUGAAGAUGAAGAUGAAGGCACUUUCAUGGUGGUUGAUGUUGGUUGGUGUUGUACGUCUCUCAUCAGUUUGGUUUGGAUUUUUCGACAUAUGGGCACUUCGUCUUGCUGUCUUCUCCCAGACUAAUAUGACUGAAGUGCAUGGAAGGACAUUUGGGGUUUGGACACUUCUUACAUGCACCCUAUGCUUUAUGUGUGCUUUUAACCUUGAGAAUCGGCCGCUUUAUUUGGCUACACUACUGUCAUUUUUCUAUGCCCUCGGCCAUUUUCUGACAGAAUAUCUUAUCUACCAUACAAUGGCAAUAAUUAACUUGGCGACUGUUGCUCUCUUUGCAGAUGUUCAAUGUACAACAGGGAACAAUGAUAUAUUGCUGUUAUAAUAGUUGAUGGAAAGAUUAUACUGCUGAAGCAUGAACUGAUAUCAAUGGCACUAUGCAAAUUUCUUACCAAGUUUGCCCAUGUACAUUAAACCCACACCAAAUGAAAACAAUAAUGAUUUACCACCAUUACAAGCCCAGAAAUCACUUGCAAGCUAGCAACAUCAACUGCAGGUCUGAAAUAUUAAUGAUUACUUUUGGUACAGGCUUGGACAGGAUGCUCACACCCCAAACUCUCAGUAAUUUAGCUGUGAAACUACUUUUUGUUGUUUACAUGAAGAUGCUUUUCUUC